AUGAACAACAUCCGCCAAAUCCAGGCGCUCAACAAGCGCGAGCUUGAGAAUGCCGUGCCCCCGGAAGCUUCCUGGCACGCGGACUACAGAGACACCGCAUAUGUCUACGUUGGCGGGCUGCCAUUCGACCUCUCCGAGGGUGACAUUGUAGCUAUUUUUUCGCAGUACGGCGAGCCCGUGCACGUCAACCUCGUGCGUGACAAGGAGACCGGAAAGAGUCGAGGCUUUGCGUUCGUGAAGUACGAGGAUCAGCGCAGUACGGAUCUCGCCGUCGAUAACCUGGGUGGAGCGACCGUUCUGGGCAGGAUGCUGCGGGUGGACCAUACGAGAUACAAGCGUCGCGACGAUGAGGAGGAAGGGGACAAUGUCGCGAGGAUGGUGGGCGAUACGACCCCUAAGGAUCAGGAUGGGGAUACGGAUGAUGAGCGGAGGAGACGGAGGAAGAGAAGAGGAAGCGAUUCGAGAGAAGAGCCCCGGAAACGAGCGCCGCUCAAGGAAGAGAUCGAGCUGGAGGAGCUGAUCAGGAACCACGACGAGGAAGAUCCGAUGAAGGAGUUCCUGAUCGAAGAGAAGAAAGAGGAAAUCGCGCAGGCCUUGGAGAAGGCGCGCAGCAGCGAAAAGUCAUCCCGGAGACGGCGAGACAGCCGCGAGAGGUCAAGCCGCCAUCAUCGCUCCGACCGGCCACAUCGCCGGCGACACGACGACGAUCGCGAUCGCUCCAGAGAGAGAAGACGGCGUGAUCACCGGUCGCCUAGGAGGGAGGAGCGAUCUCACAGAGCCAGGUCCCCGUCUCGGAGGGACAAGUCCGACCGAGAUAGGACGCCGGUCAUGUCGCGAUCCCCGUCUCGGAGGGACAGGUCCGACAGAGAUAGGACGCCGGUCAUGUCGCGAUCCCCGGAACCACGCAGAGACCGGGAUAGACAUCGUCAGCGAUAA